ACUUUUCCAGCGCCUUUCCGCUGUGUCCCAACGCCAGAAGCAGAUCAUAACGGGUUACGCAAGAAGCUGUGUCCUCAAUUCUCCUGAGACCACAAGAAGAUUUGCAUCCAGAAGUCAGCAAUUUCUUAAGAUCGAACAUCCGUGCCGCUAUACAAAACAUCUCAAUCUCAUCUGAAAAGUAGAUUAAAUCACAGCAACAGCAUCGAAUCACUGGCACUAUUUCCACACACUUCACGCCAUUCCAGAACACCAUUGCCAUAGACUCCACAAGCAGAGCACUAUCAUCUUAAAUCUGGAAAAUGAUUAGUGAUCCCAGGGCGUCCAAGAGCCCAGGUGCCGAUCCUGGCCAGGUGAAUGAGCUUCUAUCUGACCAUCUCAUGGACGACAUCUCCACAAUACUAGAUAAUAACCACAAUAGCCAUAAUAACCACACAGAUCAUAACAACGACCAGAGCAAUAGCCAGAGCAAUAUCAGUAACGUCCAAGAUAAUAAAACAAAGAAUCCUGAUUUCAAACACAUUGAAAACGAAUUGGGACCACUAGACAAAAGCCACCCGGUAACCAAAAUAGUUGUAGAAAACUACGAUGAAGAAGUAAAUGCAAACAGAACUGUCAGCAAUUCUCACCUGCCUGUUCCGGAAGUCGACAACGAGCGCAAGAAGCCAUUACUGCUUUCGCAACAAGAACUCAGACGUAACUCUGCUCUCGUUCCUAUUACUGGAGACGGUGCAGUUGCCAGCUCAUCUGUAGGUCAUGAAUCAUCGAAAAUCUCAGCGUAUGCACGUUUGGAUUUUGACAACUUCACUUUUUUCGUCCAGACAUUGCAAGUAGUUCUUGGUAGAAAGAGCAACGACCAGCUACUUCAAGGAAGUCACCAUGCUGUGGAUGUGCAUUUGUCUUCUAAAAAGGCAAUUUCACGUAGACACGCAAAGAUUUUCUACAAUUUCGGAACUCAGAGAUUCGAGAUCCUGAUUUUGGGACGAAACGGAGCGUUUGUAGAUGACACUUUUGUAGAAAAAGGCAUAACAGUCCCGUUACAGGAUGGAACAAAAUUGCAGAUAGGCGACAUUCCGUUUCUGUUUGUUUUGCCAUCUAUAGAACCUAAUGAGGAAGAUGAGGCAAAUUCUACAAGGAACAAACAGUUCAACCCAACUGAUGCCAUCAAUUUGAGAUCCAACAUUUACAACUCUUCCAAGUCUCCUACCCCUAAGAAAUCACCAAAGAAGGAUAAGAUACGACAGGACAUCGAUGAAAAGAUUCUAGAACCACCACCAGCUCCAAAAUUGCCUGUUAAGUCAGAGGCUGCCGAAAAGACAAAAACACAGAGAGCAAUGUCGAUUGUUGAAGAUCCCCAUGGCGAAAAACACCAGUCUACAAGCAGAAGAAACUCUCUCUUGAAAAUACGAAGAUUGUCCAAUGCUCGUAGGAAGUCUUUGGCAAGUUCCGCAAAUGACGAAAUCAACGAUAUCUUGAAAGAGUUGGGAGUAGCAUCUAUAGAUGCGAUCAACGAAGAAGAGUUAGAUUCACAAUUACAGGAUCUUCUUGAAGAACAUGAGAGAGACGAUAUAGGGAUCGAUAAUAGAAGUAUGCUCAAGUUUUCCCAAUACUCUGAAUCGGCAAUAGAAGACGAGGAAGACGAAAUCGACAAGUUGGUAAAGCAACACAACUUGGAGCAAGGCGUAGUCUUAGAUGAUGAUUCUCAGAACGAAGAAAACAGUACCCAUGAUAUCGACAUGGACCUCUCCGUUCUAGACCAGGAAAUCGCUUCGUUAGCACCUUUGAUAGAUGCACACAAUCAAGAAUUGAUGAAGCAAAAGGAAGAGAAACGCAAAAAGCUUGAACAGGAAAAAAAGAAGAAGCUUCAGAAGAUCGACCUCCAGAGAACUUCUCCACUUAUGGGAAAGCCAACUGCUCCCAGAAUGGGCAAACCUGCCUCAAUACAACCUCCAGCUUCUAGAAUAUAUGUCAAUGGUGUAGGAAAGCUUCAGGAUAGUUCUAUACCAGCAAAUACUCUUGCAUCAGAUCUUUCCACUCCUUUCGCUACAGCACUAGUGGGUCCACCGAGACCUCCACCUCCAGUAUUGGAGGCCCCAAUCGGUAUUAUAACCGCCGAACCAGCUACUAUCAGAUCCCGUCCACCUCUUCGUGCUAUCACAGUCAAACCAACAGCCAACUUAGCCAACUUCAGAGUUCCCAAAACAAAUGACGAGCCUUCCAAAUUCCCUAAACAAAAGAGAAGAAGAGAUGUCAGUAGGAAACCACCUAAAAAAGUAUAUACUAUGGAUGAAAUUCCAGACCAGUUCAGAUCCAAACCAAAUGUCUCUUAUCCAUUGAUGAUCAUGACGGUUUUGAAGUCCGAGAUUGCUAAGAACGGAAUGACCAUCAACGAAAUAAACGAAGCAAUCAAGGAAUUCUAUCCCUACUACAAGUACUGUCCUGACGGCUGGCAGUUUUCGAUUUCUCACAACGUCAAAUUGACCAAGACUUUCAGACGUUCGGUGAAAAAGGGAUCUGAAUGGGUAUACACUGUGGAUGAAUUGUAUAUCAACGAAAGAGAAAAGGUAAGAAAGAAGCAACAAGAGUUAGCUGCUGCUAAGGCGAAGGCUGCUGCCAUUAGAGCAGAGGAAAUCAAAGAAAAACAACGUCUUGAGGCCCAAAUGACAACACAAGCAGUGCCUACCAGACCUUACACUUCACCCUACGGAGUACCUAUGGGUACUACACUUCAUAGUGGUUCGUCAUAUUCUGCUCAACUUCCCUAUAAGGCUGUAGGAGGAGUAUCUGGUACCGCUAAUGGCGACCAAAAACCAAAGACAAUAGCGGAGCUUGCUAGUGAGAUUAGAAGAGAUGGAAACACUUCUAAAACUCCAUUGUACUUCAAACCUCAGGCUGCAAGUCCGCUGGAUGGAUUCAAGCGUACUGAUGCCACUAGUUUCCCACCCAAUACUACAAUAAAAGAACAGUUAGCGGCCAACAGGUCUCCCUCCAACUCUCAAACAUCUUCAGCUAAUGCCACUGCCAGUCCAGCUCCAGCUCCAGCAUCGCAGACCGGAGUACAGCAGAAACCUGGUAUCGCUGGCAUGAACCAGGAAACAAAGAAGUCGUUGGCUUACUUACAGAAGGAGUUGGUCAAUUUGUACAAAGCUAGAAAGCUUUCGUACAAUACAGCCACCACCACUGAGAUUAUAACCAAGGCUCUAGCUACUACAAUUGCUCAGGUUAAUGUCAUUGGUGCAAAAGCUGGUUAUGGUGACAAUGCCUUGAGUUUCUUGGUUGACAAAGCUCCGCAGCAAGUAAGUAAAAUUUUGGAUAUUGCCUUGACCAAGUCCAUAAAGGAAAAGCAAGGCAUUCUCUCUUCUCGUCCAUCAAGCAGAGCAGGCACCCCCGGCCCUUCAGCUAUGCCUUCGCCUAGUAGAAUAGAAAAGCCAGCCGUUCCAAGCACUCAGCCUGUUCAACAGCCACAACCAAUUGCACAUCCAACAGCUGUUAAAGUUGUCGUGCCACCUACGGUAGUGGAUGCUACUAGAGAUGUAAAGCCUACUGCUGCUAUACCAAUUGCAGAACCCAGACCACAGCCACCACAGGCUGUUCCUGUAGCCACACCACCACCAAUGGCAGUGACACCAACAGUACCAGUCACUACUACGGGACCAAUAGCGGUAACAACACCACCAGUAUCAGCAACAUCUAAGAUUGUAGAGGCGGCAUCUGCUUCGAAACCUACAGCUGCUACCCCACAAGCAUCCCCUAUUGUUUCAGCUGCAUUGCCAGGAGUGUCUCCAUCUCCUGGACCAACUACAAGUCCAUACAAACCCACAGCUCUAGGAUCGGGCCUUGCCAGGCCACCCAGCUACAAAACUGACUCACUUGGACGGCCUCCUAGUGCUUUAUCGAGACCACAGAGCUUUGGAAAGCCAGGAAGUGGACUCUCGAGACCUCCUACUUUCUUGUCUAACAAGCCUGGAUUGAGAUCUACCUUUGGGUCUGAAUCCAACUCUGGACCCCAGCAUCUUGGAAAUGGCAAUAAUAGCAAGAGAGAACACCCAGAAGACAAAGAGGACGAGAACGCGAAAAAGAUUGCAAGAACCGAAUGAAGCUAAACAUGUACUAUAGAAAGAGUGACUGUGGUAUGUACCACUAACAUAUAGAAUCUCUGUAUAAUUAAUGUAAAUUAUUGUUAAU